GAGCCGCACCACCAAGUACCUACAAUCGGAAUUCAUUCAAUCGUAAGCUCCCUAUCAUAAUCGCCGUGAUAUCAACAGGUACUUUAGGGAGAAUUCUCGCAGAACUCUAGUCCUCUGGAUCUCCUAUUAUCCUAACGGUCUCCCUCGCUGCAUCAGCAUGUUCAACCCAUUUUGGUGCACAGACCGAGCCCUAGCCGAUCUCUUGGUCCAAGUUCGCAACUUCAAAGAGGACUGUAUCGUAUCACAUCACGAUUUUAUCUCUGUCCUCGAGCAGCUGAAGAGUGUCGCCGACGCUUCUCUUUGUCUACCUCUCACUUGCGUAAAUGAUCUCAAGAGACUCACAGACAUUUGGGAUGGUCACUGUGGGACAUAUAUUCAAAUCAUUUGGAGGUCACGGUAUGUUGCAGAAAGGGCUGAAGAAUUCGGCAGAAAAUUCACUGGACAACCCUCAAACCUUCCCGAUGACACCCAUGCCAUCUUGCAAGGUGGCCGUAUUGAUAUAAAUGCUUAUCGAGCUGCCGUCGACCGAGAUCAAACAAGCAGUCAGGAAAUAAUGGAGGAUCUUAUAAAGCUGAACGAAGACGUAAAUCAGUUCUCCCAUGAUUGGGAGGAAAUCUUUUUGCGUAUCACUCCUGUCCAUGGUCAAGAAGACACUCCGUGGCUCAGCAAAGUGGGGAUGGCUCUGAAAUGGGUUCGCUCAAAGAUAUCCCAAAUAUGCAGGGUGAUUGAACGCCUUGCAAACACGACUGUUUAUCGUAAAGUGGAUGCAGUUUAUCAUACCUUGGAAGACCAGGACAUCGACGAAAUUUCAUUUACUGAGAAAACCAACCAAGAUAUUACAUGUGUCCCGCAAUCUGACGCAUUCCAGAAUGUGUCUACGCAGUUAGCUGCUGUGACGUCGAUCUGGGACAGCAUAUCCGUCCAACUUUCGGAGGUGUCGAACUUCAUGGAGUUAGCGGCGCAGACUCCAACUCAGAAGGCCAUAGGAUCUACAUCGUCACCACGUUUGACACAGAUCCGCACGCGACACAGCGAUCUCGUGGAGAUAUUCCGCGAGUACCAAAUCGCUGUAAGCAACCGCGCACCGACAUCGUGCAAGAGAUGAACAUGUAGAUCUUCGAACACAUUGUUCCUUUGAUCAUCUCAGAAUGACGAUAGUGUGCGUUUCCAAUUAACACAAUGGCGAGGGCCUAGAAGGUCGAGUCUUGGUUUUGUUGGUCUUAAUGGCUCCGAGAAUGCUAUCAAAGUCAUACAUGUAGUCGUGGUAUGAAUAGUAUGUCAACUCUGUUUGACGAUGC